CUAUCUCUUUCUCACCCUUUUAUGUUCCUCUUCUAUUCAAUUCCCAUCCUUCAAACCUUUAGCCACACCCACCUUACAACCCCUCCACCACCACCACCCAAUUUCCGGGCCGAAAUCAUUCUUUUCUUAAGUGGGUACCGUUUCUACUCUCCAAACCCACUUUACUUUUCGUCUCAAUUCAACCACCACCAUGAUACCCGCCCCAAACACUAUAAUAUUCCGGCGAAUUUCAAUGGUUUUUUAAGUGCCCUGAAUAGUGAUCGAAUACCACCAUGGAAACCCAAUCUGAACACCAUCUUUUGAAUGGAGCGUGUCGGAGCGUUAUUUUCGGGAAGUACGAGAUGGGGAGGCUGUUGGGUCAAGGAACCUUUGCGAAGGUGUACUACGGCAGAAACCUCGAAACCUCGGAGAGCGUGGCCAUCAAGGUUAUCCACAAAGACCAUGUGGUGAAGAAAGAAGCCAUGAUGGACCAAAUCCAGCGGGAAAUCUCGGUGAUGCGAUUGGUGAAGCACCCAAAUAUUGUAGAGCUCAAAGAAGUCAUGGCUACAAAGCACAAGAUCUUUGUCGUGAUGGAAUACGUGAAAGGCGGCGAGCUUUUCGAUAAGGUGGCUAAAGGGCGGCUGAAAGAGGAGACGGCGAGGAAGUAUUUCCAGCAAUUGAUGAGCGCGGUGGAUUUCUGCCACAGCCGCGGCGUUUCUCACCGGGAUUUGAAGCCGGAGAAUUUGUUGGUGGACGAGAAUGGGGAUUUGAAGGUCUCGGAUUUCGGGCUCUCUGCGUUGCCGGAGCAGCAGAGGAAUGACGGGUUAUUGCAUACGCAGUGUGGAACUCCGGCGUAUGUGGCGCCGGAGGUUUUGAGGAAGAAAGGGUACGACGGUUCCAAGACGGAUGUUUGGUCUUGUGGGGUGAUUCUCUAUGCUUUGUUAGCCGGUUUUCUCCCAUUUCAAGAUGAGAAUAUGAUGACAAUGUAUAGGAAGAUGUUCAAAUCACAAUUCGAAUUUCCGCCCUGGUUUUCCCCUGAAUCCAAGAGGCUAAUUUCCAAGAUCCUGGUUCCCGAUCCUGACCGGAGAAUCAAGAUUCCGGCGAUCAUGAGAGCCCCCUGGUUUCUAAAGGGAUUCAAAUCCCCAAUUCAAGAUGACCCAAACCAGGAGGAGAUUAAGGAACCGGAUUCCCAAAUAACCCCCAAAUCAUCCCCGCCGUUCUUCAACGCGUUCGAGCUAAUCUCCUCCAUGGCUUCCGGGUUCGACUUGUCGGGCCUUUUCGAGACCCGCCGGAAUUCUGGGUCGCUUUUCACGUCAAAAUGUUCCCCUCCUGAUAUCCUAGUGAAGCUGGAGUCGCUGGCCAAGAAGCUGAAUUUUAGAAUCGCGUGCGCCAAGGAGUUCAAGGUGAAGAUGCAGGGGAAUUCCGAUGGGCGGAAGGGGAAGCUCUCGGUGACGGCCGAGGUGUUCGAGGUGGCGCCGGAGGUGACGGUGGUUGAGUUCUCAAAGUCCGCCGGCGACACGUUAGAGUAUAGGAAGUUCUGCGAUGAAGACGUUAGACCUGCGCUUAAAGACAUCGUUUGGACAUGGCAGGGUGAGAGUAACUGCCAAAGCUAACCGUUUAGGGGGUGAUUUUAACCCUAGUUUGCAUUUUAGUCUUUCUUAUUUAUAUGAUAGUUCUUGUAAGUUGAGGUUGAAUUUUGUGAAUAGGGAGUGAUUAUGUAAACUUAUAUCAUUCUCAUGAGUUUUCAGGUUGAUUUUAUUUGAAGUUAAUCACACAAAUAUGUUAAUUUUCAA